UUUUAAAAGAAGAAGUUUUGGUCUUAACCUCACAAAUUUGACAUUCAUUUCAUUAUUCAUCAUAAAAAAAAUUAAAUAUUGAAAAAGUAAUAUUACAACUGAUAUUAAUAUUAAAAUGGUUGUAGAUAAAAAUACAACUUUUUCCAGUGCUUUAGAGCAGUUUGUUAUAUUAGCUAAAACUGCUAAAGGGGCUGCUUGUACAGAACUAGUAAAGCAGGCUCUUGAGUCUUCUGGUGUCUAUGUAUUUGGUGAACUCAUGGACAGUCCCAACGUGCUGGAGCUUGCUAAUACACACGCGCCAUAUUUCAAUACUUUGAACCUGUUUGCAUAUGGUACGUACAAGGAUUACGCUAGCAAUCAAAAGCAAUUUAUUGAACUGACAGCAGCCCAGAAGAAGAAAUUACAGCAUCUGACUAUUGUUACUUUGGCAACUAAAUCGAAGUGCAUACCAUACACAACUUUACUUCAAGAAUUAGAAAUUAAAAAUGUACGAGAUUUAGAAGAUUUAAUUAUAGAAGCAAUAUAUGCUGACAUUAUUCAUGGAAAAUUAGAUCAGAAAAACAGCCAGCUGGAGGUUGAUUAUGCUAUAGGCAGGGAUAUUCGUCCAGAAGAUAUCAAUAUCAUUGUAAACUGUUUACAAGAUUGGUGUUCUGCGUGUGAGAAAGUUCUAAGCUGUGUAGAGACGCAGAUAUGUAGAGCUAACUGUGAGAAGAAUACCGCUACAUUACGUCAAAUGGAAAUUGAACAAGAGAUUGUUAAUAUUAAAAAGACUUUAAAGACACAGUUGCAAGAACGAUCUGAUGGGACCGAUGAAGUUAUGCUUGUUGAUAGUAGAGAGGCUUCAGCAACGGGAGACAAAGGAAAGAAAGGUCAAAAAGUCAGUAAAGGUAAACAUAGUAGUAAAUUUUGGUUGAAAUCUUAAAUACGUUUUAUGUGGUAUAUAAUAUAAAUAUUGUUUUCUUUACAUAUUUGUGUAAGAGGGAUUAAAGUAAGGCCUAAUUUAUAAUUUAGUUAAUAUUAGUCAAUAUCAUUCAUAAGUUUAGUAUAUUAGGGAAAAAGUAGAUAUAUAUGUUCGUUAAAGAAUUUUGUGCAAAUAAAAUAAGGCUAUAGAGAAAUUAAUAUAUUCUUUCAUAAUUCCUGUAACACCACUCCACUGUUUUGAGUUUUUCUUAAUACAUUAUCACUAUGAAGGCCAUUAUAUUUAACUAGUUUAUGUUCAUUUUUAUUAUACAGGGUGUUUCAAAAAACAUGUGCCAUCUCU